AUGGAGUCUCCGGUCUCCACGCCGGCUCCUCCUCCGCUCCACCCCCUCGUCUCGGGGUCUGGCAGCGACAUCUCGUCCCCCUGCGAGCAGCUGAUGGUCCGGACGCGCUCGGUGGCCGUGAACACAGCCGACGCCGCGCUCGCCACGGAGCCCGAGUGCCUGGGACCCUGUGAGCCAGGCACCAGCGUCAACCUGGAGGGCAUCGUGUGGCAGGAGACGGAGGACGGCAUGCUGGUGGUGAACGUCACCUGGAGGAACAAGACGUACGUCGGGACCCUGCUGGACUGCACCAGACAUGACUGGGCCCCCCCGAGGUUCUGCGAGUCUCCCAGCAGUGACGUGGAGAUGCGCGGCGGUCGAGGUCGUGGGAAGCGGAUUCGACCCGGCAGCAACACGCCGCUCAACGACAACAGCAACUCCUCCGACAAUAAAGGGAGCGGCAGCAGUAAGACGCGCGGUGGCGGCAGCGCGGCGGCGGCUAACAGCAAAGGGCGGCGAGGCAGCCAGACGGCCAUGUUGGGAGGAACUGAAGCUAGUCCAUCUUCCAACAAGAGGAAAAACAAACCCGCGUCCGACAUGGAACCAACUUCCAGCUCCGAGGACACAAAGGCCUCUAAACGAAUGAGGACAGACUCCACCGGUAACGCUCUCCCACUUCCUGGAGGGAAACCGGAUUCCCUUCCUCCUCCAAUGUUGGAUUGCCCCUCCCCCGUCCUCAUCGACUGCCCUCACCCCAACUGCAACAAGAAGUACAAGCACAUGAACGGGCUGAAGUACCACCAGGCGCGGGCGCACAACGACCACGAGGUUCAGGACGUGGACAGCGAGUACGGGGACGAUGUUUUAACCCAUUCUGACGCUCCUGGUUCUUGUAACGGAGCCGCCGCCAUUUCUCCCGCUCGCUCAACGACUCCUAAAGGACGGGGGUUCGACGCGCCUUCGCCCUCGCCGGGAAGGAUGAAGGUGAGGAAGAAGGAGGCGGAGAUGGAGGCGGAGUUGGAGGAGGAAGGGGCGUGUCUUACGGACGAGGCAAGCAACGACGGGUUGGACGACAGGAAGUCCAGGAAGACGACGGGGGGCGGAAAACCUGAUAAAGUGACUCAGAAAGGCGUAAAACCCGGACGUCCUUCCGCCGCCUCCCCUUCCCCUUCUUACGCCUUACAGAACACUUCCCCCGCCUCCUCCGUGGUGCAGCAGCCAAUCCCCAAGAGCUCCGCCUCAAGCCCCGGCCCCACCCCCACCAAGGACAAGAAGAAGAAGAAGAAGAGGGAGGGAGGCAGGGAAGGAGGCAGGGAAGGAGACAGUCCUAAAGGGAAGGGAGGAGGGAAUAGAGAGGAGGACUCUCCGGACUCCCUUCUGAACGGAUCGGAGCAUCAGAAUCGUUUGGCGAGCAUCAAAGCGGAGGCGGACAAGGUUUACAGUUUCUCCGACACGGCGCCCAGCCCCUCGCUCGGCCGGGGGGAGGGGGGGAACCUGAACGGGGCCGAAACAGGAAGCCCCGCCUACUCGGACAUCUCUGACGCCGGGGAGGACGGGGAGGCGAGGACGGGGGAGGUGAAGGUGAAGACGGAGCCCGACCAGGCGCCUCGAGAAGGUGCUAAGAAGACCCUGUUCCCCCCCCAGCCGCCCGGGAAGGAAUACUACCCAAACUACGACUCGUAUUACUCCCCCACGUACCCCAACGCCAGCCCCGCCGCACCCCCCCUCAUGGAGGGCGUCCAGGUGAAGAAGGAGGAGGAGUCGGAGGUGGAGCCUCUGGAGGACAGGAAGCUGGACCCUCAGCAGCCGUCUGUGAUCCAGCCGCGCUCCAACAUGUACGCGCAGCAGCUUUACUACAACCAGUACUACGUGCCCCCCUACUCCUACCCCCCCGACCAGAACUACCACGCCCACCUGCUGGCCUCCAACCCCGCGUACCGACAGCAGCACGACAACAAGAAGGCCUCGCUGCCCCCCCCCACGCUCUCCAGAGCCCCCAGCCUCUCAGACCUGGGGGGCAGCAAGGGAGGCCCCAAGCCAAAAGAGCCAAGAGAGCCAAGGGAGCCAAGAGAGCCAAGGGAGCCUAAAGAAACCCCGCAGGCAACUGCAGAGGGCAAAUCUGUGAUCAUGUCGAAAGGCGAGGAGCAGAAGGUCCCGCCUCCUCCAGCCGCUGCCGUCCAACCAGAAGGCCUGAAGAUGAAGCUGAGUGAAGCAGGGCAUCAUGGGAAAGAAGAGGGGGGGAAACAGGGAGGAGUGGAGCCCGCCAUGUGGUACAGACAGGAGCCGGACUCUCGCCUCUGGCCCUAUGUUUAUCCCAACAAAUACCCAGAAGCCCCGAAGCCUCAGGAGGAGGAAAGAGAGAGAGAGAGAGAAAGAGAGAGGGAAAGGAAAGGAAAGGAGGAGCGAUCGAGACCUAAAGAGCACCAGAAGGAGAAGGAGGAGGUGAAGGAGGAGGUGAAGGAGGGUGAUCACAGAGGGGGGGUUAAGGAGGCGCGCCCCCCGCCCCCUCCCCAAAUGCAGU